AGACCCUAAAUUCCAAAAAGUGUACACACACAAACACGCGAAACUACUUGGAGACGAAGCAUAUUCCAAUCUCUCCAAUCCAAACAAGUUUAUAGAAUAUUUGAGGAUGAUGAUCCAAAGAGGAUCCCGUCAUUCGUAGCGGAGGAAGGAGAUGAAGCAAUCGAAGCUAAGCACGACGUACAAUCCCAGAUUCACGGGCGUGGUGACGGCCGCAUAGCCCGUGAUCCCCCGGAAAUCCCCAGUGCCGGCGAUGAUUGGGAGCUCCCUGGUGGGCUCGAGCGCCUUGUACGAGCCGUGGAAGACGAUCGUCCCAUUGUAUUGUGGGUUCUCCAGAUACGCCGAGAAGGAGACGAGCAAGUGGAAAUUCGAUCGCGACUCCACCAAGUACAUCCCCUGCCCUCUUCCCACAACCUUGGAAGUGUUGGAAGUGGUCUCGGUGAUGGGAUCGUCGAUGACGAAGACGGUCCCAAAGUCGUAGCGCGUGAGAUUGCCGCCCUCCGCCGCCACCUCCACGCCAGUGUUGUUGGCGAUGAGCUGCCGGUCUUGCAUGAAGAACUGGAGGCGCCGCGGGACCUUGCUCGAGGCAGCGGUCACUCGAGGAAGAUCUAGUGCCAGGAAGCUCAUUGCCAGUGCCAGGAUCGCUACUGCUGCUGCCAUGGCUCCUGCACUACUCCAAGAGGAAGAGGAAGAGGAAGAGGAAGAAGAAGAUGCCAUUGAGCAAACUUGCAGUGAUUCCACUCGCUCUUUGAUACUCGCGAGAAGUCAAAGCUCACGGGGAGAAAGAGAAUUGAGGAGAAAGGAAGGGAUGGCCUCAAACUCGCUGGUUGAAACGUUUUUUAAACUGUACUGGCGCUGGGAUAAUGGCAAGAACAUGUCCAUGGUUUUUAAAGUGGAGCCUUUUACCCUAGCUAUGGGGGGAAAUUCGGGCGUGGCGUCACUCGUCCUACUUCCCACCAUCGUCGCGUACGCUUGGAUUCUCUAUGGAUGCCCACCGCCGCUGCCAUCGCCAUCGCCAUCGCCACCGCCACCAGUGGCAAGGAAGUCACUGUCCGUGUGGAGCGCGGCAGCCCAUCCUUUGCUACUUCUCAAUGCUUUCUUCUUUGUCAAUGUCAAUGUGGUGUUUUGGAUCAUUAGCCUCGUCCAAGGGAGCACUUGGCUCAUCGACCCAUACUGGGCUUUCCUGCCGGUCUUGAUCACGCAUUUCCUGGCGGCGCAUCCCUCCGCCAAGUCCGACCCGGUGAGAUCGCGAGUAGUCACCGCGCUCGUCUGGGUGUGGAGCGCCAGGAUCACGCACUCGUACUUCCGGCGGGAGGAUUGGAAGCUGGGAGCCCGGGAGGAUUGGAGGUUUGCGGAGAUGCGCGAGCGGUUCGGCCGUCACUGGUGGUGGAUUUCCUUCUUCGCAGUCUACGUCUCGCAACAGGUUUUGCUGGUGGGCAUUUGCCUUCCCGUCUAUGCCGUCUUCCAAAGCCAGCUUCCAUGGCACCACCUUAUCGACACCACCAUCGCCAUGCUCUGCGUUGCGGGGAUUUCCAUCGCCUGCAUUGCCGACACCCAGCUCCACAGCUUUGUGAGCAGCAACAAGCUCCGGAGAGAGCGCGGGGCGCAGCCAGUCGCGGUUCUGGACGAGGGUCUGUGGCGCUACUCCCGGCAUCCAAACUACUUCGGCGAGCAGCUAUGGUGGUGGGGGCUGGCGAUGUUUGGCUCGAGGCUGGGCUUCUCUUGGACGAUGCUGGGGGCCGUGAUCAACAGUGCUUGCCUCGCCUGCGUCACGGUCAUGGUUGAGAGGAGAAUGCUGGCGAAAGAGUCGAGAGCGGCAGCUUACAGGAGUUACCAGAGACAAACGUCGGUGUCGAUUCCAUGGCCCAAGCUUUCCAGGUUUACAGACUGAUGGAUCACGAUGGAUGGCCUACUUGUCAAGAGUAUACUUCUUCUUUCCAGGAGGGUUCUUUCUCUGACAUGUUUCACUUCGAUUAUAAAUGUCCAAUUCAACAGCGACCAGCGACUGCUCGUGUCUCGAUCCACGAUCUCGAGCCAAGUUGGACACGGCUUCGCCCGACUUUGAUCACCAUGAGGCGAGCUUUGACAAGGUCCAAGAUGUGAUGAUCUCUCCUCUAAUUGACGCUCCACCAAAGGGAAGAUAAAAAUGUCGUUCAUCUGGGAUGAACAUAAAAAGGGAAGGAAAGUGAGUUGCACGUCUUUGUC